AUGUCUGGCUUUUUUACUUAUCGGCAAUUCUCCCUAUAUGACACCCCCUCCUUGGCCAACCAAGUGGCCGUUGUAACGGUAAGUGUGAAGACCAGUCCAACAUACAACUCGCUCGGCCCCCUUGGCUCAGGGCGGGAAGCGGCAAGCAAUAGCCUUUUUCAGUAUUUGCUACAUCCACUAACUAGAGUUGCGAAUGUCAAUCUAGAGAUCACUGCGCAGCUCCUUCUGCAUGGAAUUGAGACGGUUUACGUACUUGCCCGAAGCCAUGAUAAGUAUAUACGAGCGCAGGAGGAAUGGCAGCGUCGUAUUGGUGGUUCCCUGGGGAAGGGUGAUACGAGAGUCCAGUUCAUCCAAUGCGACCUCGCAGAUAUAGUGGCUGCCAAGAGUGCAGCCAAUGAACUCAAGCACAAAACUGACAGGCUUGAUAUCAUGAUUUGCAAUGCUGCGACCAUAUAUAAUAGACCAUUUGUUGAUGUUCCAACACCCGCGAAAGCCAUUGGUGUAUCAACCAACUAUGAACGGUCGCCGCAGGGUAUUGAACAGGUAUUUGCUUCGAACUGCGUUGGCCAUCAGGUGUUGGCAACCAAUCUGCUGCCCCUCAUGAAGCGUACUAUCAACCAAGGCAAGGCUAGCAAUGGGCGAAUUGCGGUAGCUAGUUCGUCUAUGCACGUAUUUUGCCGUGAACUUAACCUCGACCUUCUCACAUCACCCACUCGUCUUAAGCCUGCAUAUAUCGACGGUGUGUGGCGUUAUGCUCGCGCGAAAGUAGGGAACAUACUUUUUGCAAGGGAACUUAGCCUUCGGUUGAUGCAGGAAGAGGAUCCGGCAAGUAGCAAGAUUUACGUUAAUGCCUUUUUCCCAGGUAACAUCGUUACCGAUCAGUGGAGUGUUUGGGAUGAGUAUAUCGGAGAAGCCCUGGGUUCCCUGUUUAGGCUCCUAUUCUCAAUCAUUGGUCAGAGCUUGGAAGAUGGUGCUGCAAAUGCAAUUUAUUUGGCCGCGAGUCCAAAGGUAAUAUCAAACAGCACCCGUGGUCAGUACUUCAUCCCUAUCGCAAAACCGUACAAGACAACUGCCAUUGCUAGCGAUAUGAAACUUGCUCGUGAUCUUUGGGAUUGGACAGAGGCCAAAGCAGCAGAGGCUCUAGGCCCCGAAGAACAAGCUAAAACCCGUACCGUCGAUGGUUAA